AUGUCCACCACUUCGGGGCCUGGCAGUAAAGGGGAGAAGAACAAAGGCAAAUACAAGAGCAUAGACAUCAAUACACUAUACAAAGGGAAGAGUGUCGAGACACAGAAGUCAGCUGUUCCUCGGCAAUAUGGGCUUCAGAGCUUGGGCAAAGUGUCCAAUGUCCGGCGCAUGCCGCCUCCAGCCAACUUGCCCAGCAUAAAGAGUGAAAACAGUGGGAAGGAUCCCAAUAUCAGCCUUGUCCCAAGUGGAGGCACAG